ACGCGGUGGAAUCGCCGCCCCCUAACAGCACAAGACACAUUCCCUUUUAUUACAGUAUCUUCUUAUUAAAGUGAAUGUCCCACACGUCACCCUUCUGUCGGGCCUAAGCCAUUGACUUUCUGCCAAAUCAAACUUGUAAAUGCCAAAUCCUCUCGUGUUAAUAACUAACACCCACUUGGUCUAUAAAUUACUCCGCCGAAUGCCGAUUCACCAACCAUUUGUGAAAACUUUUGCAACUUUGUUUAACGUCCUAAAACCAUGGAAGCAACUACUUUUUCUCUUUGCAAUUCCUUAGCUCUUGCACCACGUCCGUUCUCCGGUGACCCGAUAUGCCGAAAAAAGGGUUUCGGAGGAGCGAAACCGCUGAAUAUCAAAAUACUGGCGGCGAAAAGAGACGCACAUAGUCACAACUUCGAUGGCAAGCUUGUUGAUGAGAGCAUGGUUGUGUUAAGAAAACGAAUUCACGAGAUGAGCAUGUUGGAGAAGAGUUACGAGCCACCCAAGCACUGGAUGGAGUGGGAGAAGCAAUACAAAAAGGCAAAUUAUGACCUCGAUGUUUGCGAAGCAGUAGGGUAUCUGCAAUCCAAACUGAUGGAAACAAGGCCUGGCGUAGCUUUGGGAAUGGGAGCUCUUCUGCUGUUUAGCUUACCAACUUCAAUGGCUGUAGUUUUGUUUCAUGUCAUGGCUAUGAUAAAAGGAUUAUAAUUAAAGGUCAUUUUUUAUUUUUGAUGUGAAUGUUGUUGUAUGAUUGAACAUUUCAUCACGCAUAAUUCUUUAUUUUAUUAAUCAUGAUCUUUUCAUUUGUAAU